UAAAAAACUAGUUAAUUACUUAAUUCUCAUUAUAGUUAAAGUUAAGUAUAUUAAUUUCAUUGUUAGUAAAAAAACAGGUUGUACACAAAACUAGUUAAUUCACUAGUUAAUUUGAUUAAAGUAAACUUUAAAAUACUAAUUUGCUAUAACUCCAAUUUUUUAUUAAUAUAUUUUUAUUAAAAUAUUUGUUGCAAUUUAAUAUUUGUUACAUUUUUUAGAUGGAUCGUCCUAGAUAUUCGGUUGAUAUGGGUAACCUCGAGCGCAACCGAACGAAAGAGCUUGCGAGGAAGAGAUCCCGCAAAGGUAAAUCACACAUCGGCUCUUCAUCUCAAAGUCGAGACGAUUUUGAUACGGGUUACACAAGGAGGAAUGGGGAUGCGAUGACCGACGAACAACUAGAACAAGAAUUGCAUCGACAUAAUUCCCGUUUUUUUUCCAAAACCAACCGAGGACCAUUGACGAAGAAGAGCUCGAGGACGACGAUGUGGAGGAAGUAAUUCCGGAGAGCCACGACGAGGAGGAGGAGGAAUGGAGGAUGGCGGCAGCCACGAUGCUGACGAGCCUGCCUCAUCCCAAACCGGUACGAAAAAAAGUAAAUCUGAACAAAUGGCUAAUAAUUUUUCUAAGUGGAAGGACCCGAACAUCGGGAAUUGGACCGCAACUUGCAAUUGGUGCAAGAAAAACUAUAGCUUGGAGAUUUCCGGCGGAUACGGAUCCGCCACAAGACAUCCUAAGUCCAAACACCCGGUGGAGUAUGCAAAAUUAGGCGGCGGAACGGGGAAGUAAACUCAAAUAUCGAAGUUUGCAAAUAACCAACAAGUUUUUGGUAAUUUCUCAUACAAUGAUGCACAAAAUUUGACUGGUAUGGCUAACUUACUUGUUUGAAGAAAAUUUGCCUUAUUUAUUUUCUGAAAGUCUUGCUUUUCCUGAUUAUGCACAAACUUGUUUAAAUCCACAAUAUAGAGGUUAUAGUCGUAAAACGGUUAAGAAAGAAAUUUCAAGGCUUUAUGGUGCGGAAAAGGUAAGGUUACAAAAUUAUUUUGCAAACUUUGAUGGACGUGUUACUGUAUGUUCUGACAUAUGGGAGGAUACUUAUCAUAAUUUACAUUAUUUAGGUCUGACUGUACAUUAUAUUGAUAAUGAUUGACAUAUGCAUAAACGUGUUCUUGCUUUCCGUGAAUUUAAUGAUCGUUGCAUAAUUCCGGAGAGCCACGACGACGAGGAGGAGGAGGGUGGCGGCAGCCACGACACCGACGAGCAUGCCUCAUCCCAAACCGAAGAUGAUGAUUUUGACGUACUAAACUGGUGGAAGAGAAAAGAAAGAAUGUUCUCGGUUUUAGCAAAGAUGGCUAAGCAAGUGCUAUCAAUGCCGGUUUCAACAGUUGCCGUGGAACAAGAAUUUAGUUCGACCGACAAUGUCCUAACGCAAUGUAGAACGAGGUUGAGCGCAGAAUCUCUUGAGAUGCUUAUAUGCUACCACGAUUGGUUGAAAGCGG